CAAUGAUAUCAUAUCUAAAGACCCUCCCACUCAGCUGUGACUCGAAAGAUUUCAAUCGUAGACGGCUACCACUGAAAAGCUAUUCUAGGAGGUUCCACUAUGGACAAGAAUUCUCCAAGAUAUAAUGUACAGUUAUAUAUUUAUGAUUUAUCAAGGGGAAUGGCGCGCAGCCUCAGUCCUAUCAUGCUGGGAAAGCAACUGGAUGGCAUAUGGCACACUGCCAUAGUGGCGUAUGGGGAUGAGUUCUUUUUUGGAGGGGAAGGCAUCUCCAGCUGUUCACCUGGUGGAACGAUGCUGGGACCUCCGGACACAGUUGUGGAACUCGGUGAGACCGAAGUUUCGGAGGAGAUCUUCAUGGAAUAUCUCUCGUCCUUGGGAGAAAGCACUUACAGAGGUGACAGGUAUCGACUGUUUGAGCACAAUUGCAACACGUUCAGCAACGAGGUGGCUCAGUUCCUAACAGGCAUGCCCAUCCCCUCCUACAUCACUGACCUCCCGUCCGAAGUCCUCGCCACACCGUUUGGGCAGAUAUUGCGGCCCAUUCUGGACUCCAUCCACAUCGCCCCCCCUGGCGGCAACGUCAUCAACGGAGGGAGAAACAUCUAAACUGAAGGAGCAAUUCACUCAUAGGCUCACUUCCAUUGUAGUCAGGCAGCUAAGAGACAGCAACUAAAUAUUUUUUUUCCACUUCUUCUUGUCCCUUAACAAGCAUAGACAUUAUUACUAAACACUGGAAUUAAGACCUGGUACCGUACGUCUUUGGAUAAUAAGGCAAUACUCAGCCUUUGAAUUAGAGGCGGCAAUAAAGGUUGAGUUAAUUUGUCACUUACCCAAACAUUAAGUACACCUCUGCAAUCUAGUGAGAUAUACAAGUGUUGUGCUAAACAAUCUACACUCAUCUUAAGUGUCUCUGUCAGAAUGAUAUUAAUUUAACAAAAGUUUAUUAUUAUGCUUUCAGUUUGCGGUGGUGUAGAACUGCACUGCAUCGUACCAAGAAGUGUUUUAUAAUAUUUAAGGUGUGUCAGAAAGGUUCCAGGACUGAUGCCACAAAAUUACUAGUGUUCUCCUUUUAAGUCUCUUGCACUUUUGAAGGCUUCUAAGCCACAUCUUAAUGGACUCCUCGAAGGCUUUUUCUGGGAUCCUCCGCAGCGCCGUUACCACUCUGUCUUCAUCUUUAAAACAAUCACAUCAAUGACUCCCUUGAACUUGGGAAGUUGCGCUAACACAGCAGCGUUCUCCUUGGCCCUCCACAACUAUCUCCUCUUCUCGCGCACUGAACGGAGCAGACCCCAAAGGAUCUCCUUGUGGAUGUGCUGAUUGAUUAUCUGGUCCACACCGAAGGGGCAAACUCAUUUGGUAACAUUGACAUAUUUCUUUUGUGAUGCCAGUCCUGGAACUUUCCUGACAAACUUUGGUAUUUACAUUUAAGUUGUGGAGGUGACCCUAAUGUGACCAAUCUCAUAUCCUGAUAGUUUAUACUUUUCAAACCAUAUAACUGGCAUACUGCAAAGUUUUUAGUAGCUUCCAUUUCAUAGCUGUGAUUGGGCCCCAUUCUUGAAGGAUUGGAAGUAGUUCUUGCAAAGUGGUGCACCAAAGUAGUUUAGCGCUUUAUACAGCUUGUACUGAAGUACAACAUUAUUGAACCAACAAAUUUCAUAUGAUGUCAGAGACGUGAGCCUUUUGCUGCUGACUUCAAUGGAACACAUUUAUUUCAGAGACAUCUUUAAUAUAUCUUUAAUAUAUUGUUUUAGGGUCACAACUUUGAAAUCUCAAGUCUUUUAGUGUUAACUCAUGUGAUGAUACAACAUUUCUUUCGGUAAUUUUCCAUCGCAGAUCCUUUUGUACAUUUAGAUUCAAGCCAAUAUUUGCCGCCUUCUUACCUUCUGCCAUCGUUCCUUUUGUUGCACUGUUCUUUACGAAGUAAGCAUGUGGUUGACUGGAAAGCCACUACAGUUUUGGAAUCGAUAACAGCAACUCAGCUUGAAACUAAGCAACCUUUUAUGGUUUUCAUACACCAGACCUUGUGUGUGUGAGUGUUUUUGUGCAUGCGAGUGCGGUACUCCAAAUCUGUGCCUUCAUUUCCCUGUUGCUAUUUUGAUGAAGAACUUAGCAUGUUUGAUUACAUUUCUUCUUCAAUGUGCUGAGUGAGUGUAAAAAGCUUUGGAGGUGUUCGGGAAGCUUGAACUGCAAGUUUCUAAAUACAGAUCGUUAGAAACUAAUUGAAAGCAGCAACAUUCUCAUCUCUAAAGCCGCCACUUUCUUCAUUCUCAUUUGUGGGGAAUGAAUGGCUGCCACGUAAAUGAUAAGGCACGUAUGAGGUCAGAUGACACCGUGUAAGUGAAGAGAAAAAAAACAAGAUUUAUUCAACCAGCAUUAAAAGAAAGACGUUACAUUUGCGGCCAGCCAUCAACGUUUUGCAUCCAGUACCUGUUUUUUGCCAAGUCAUGCCAAUCCUUUCAAAAAAACAUUUUAUUCUGAAAUGCUCUUAUGAUACCCGAUUAACUGACAUUUACCUGACCACUGAAAUGUACUAAACUUUUUGUUUUGCCGCUUAAUGUCAUUGUAAGUAUCUUCUUAUCCUUUCAAAACAGCAGAUAUUUAUAGAUAUUGCAUAUUGUUACUAUUGUUUGUGUGAUUGUUUUUGUUACUUGACCUACAUAUAAAGCCAUUGACGAUA